AUGUCUAGAUCAAAUCCUUUUCGUAUGAGACAGGGCAAUCCCGAUCCAUUGUCUACCAAGGGCACUUUUGCUCCUGUUUUGCCCUCGAAACCUCUAUCCACUCCACCUAUUGCCCCGAAUCAUUAUGGGAAGUCCUCGAUAUCGCUGGAACGCGAGAUGGAUGACUCGAGUUCGGAUGAAGAGACAAACCCAUUCAAUCCGGUGUCCGCGAGCGAUACCGAGGAUGAAAUGAAUGGGAACAAGAGCUUAGGCCCCCAUGAAGAUGAUCGACCAGAGGCUUUUGGGACAGCUCCACACCCAGCUCCAUCAGCAGAUGGAUCCUUCAUAUCACCCGACCACAACAUGCGGUCUGCAACAGGUGUAGACAGCUCCCAUGCACGUUCCACAGCACAGUUGUCCCCAGAGCUUGAUGCAAGUCCUCCCGGCCGAGCCAAAGACAAGAAGCCACCGCCUCCACCUAAGAGUCAUCACGGCCGCAGAAUCGGCUCUACAGCCACCGCAGAAUCCUCCCAGACCGCCCGGUCCCGGUCUACUAACCGCCUGUCAAUUCAUGGCACUGGGAAUGUGACGCCUGGCGCUUUGCAUCCUAGCUCGGUGUCUCUAUCAUCGGACUAUUUCUCAGCCCCUGCGGGAGUGCGGGGGUCGACGGACUCGCUCCAGCGCAGCCAGUCUCAGCAUAAGCGUCCUCCAACCCCACCUCUCAGUCGACGGCACAGCCAGAUGCGGAGGUCCAAGUCUACACAAUCCAAAACUAGCAGUCGAUUAUCUAUGACCUACGACUCGGAAAGCAAUGAUAGCUCUCGGCCACCCAGUCCGGGUCCUUCCAGUCGGGCGCUGGAAAACAAGAGAAUCAGCAUGCCUCCUCCAUCAACGGGAGACUUCCAGGCGACUGCCCCCUUGGGAGAUAUCUCGCUGAAUCUUUCUCCCCCAACUAACUCCAGACCAUCAUCACUGAAGGCUGCGCGGCGAGCAUCAUCCUAUGGGAGUGUACCGCCUGGCUCUACUGGACCCCCUCCACCUCCUCCGCCUCGGCGCACUCGAGACUCUAUUGCCCGUAGUGAUGUGAUGGGAUUGAAGGAGAACCAGACACCAGCACCACAACCAUCCAAUGCUCUAGACAUCCUGGCCGAUCUCACCAGACUUCAGAAAGAGGUGGAUGAUCUCCGGGGUCAUUAUGAGAAUCGGAAAGUUAGUGAUUAA